AAUCAAACCAUUGAUCUGAAGGUUAGUGGUCAUGACAAGAUCUGAGAUCAAUCUUCUUGUGCUACUAUCUUCCAUUGUCGCAAUCGCUGCCUUCGCUACUACAUUCACUCCGCCUCUAGCAUCCAGGACACCAUACCAAUAUGUAGCAUUCCCUUCAAACCGCACGUUCGACUACGUCAUAAUUGGCGCCGGUCUCGCUGGGUUGACUGUUGCAGCCCGUCUGGCUGAAACCCCAGGCAUCACAGUCGGCGUCAUUGAAGCAGGUGACUUCUACGAAAAUGUUAACGGCAACAAGUCUCGUGUCCCCGGAUAUGGCGGGUCAGCCUCCGCUCCUGGCGUCGAUUGGGCGAUACCACCGACGCCGCAGCCUCAACUCAACCGAAGCAACGUGACCAAUUACCGCCAGGGCAAGUGCGUCGGUGGCAGUACAACUACAAACCUCAUGGCUUAUCAUCGAAGUACAAAGGGUGCGUACGAUCUCUGGGCAUCUCUUGUUGGAGACACCGGGUACACGUUUUCCAACUUUCUCCCGUGGAUGAGGAAGAGCGUGCACUUCACACCAGCGAAUUCUGCUCUGCGAGCAAAGAAUGCAAGUGUGCCGGCUGCGAAAGCAGAGUCAUACGAUAGGAAUGGCGGUCCAUUUCAGGUUACAUUCGCGAAUUGGGCGAAUCCAGUGUCUUCCUACGCAGAACUUGGUUGGAAGGCGCUCGGUCUUUUUCCGCUACAGGAUUUAACCAGCGGGACAUUAAUCGGGAAUCAGUAUUCUCCAAUGGCCUUGAAGGCGAGUGAUCAGUCAAGGAGCACAUCGGCGUCUUCAUUCCUCCAGUAUGCAGUCAGCAGUGGCAGAAAUAACUUGUUCAUCUUCACGAACAGUAUGGCGAGGCGCAUCACAUUCGACAACAACAAAAGAGCUCACUCUAUAAUUGCCCAGUCUAAUGGACUCAUCUUCGAGUUGAAAGCAAAGCAAGAGGUGGUGCUUUCAGCAGGUGUAAUACACUCACCGCAGAUUCUUCUGCUCUCUGGAAUAGGGCCCUCUGAGACGCUGAAUAAGUUUAACAUACCCGUUGUAAAGGAUCUUCCAGGAGUGGGCAAGAACUUACACGACCAUCCUAUCUUUCAAUUCGUAUACCAAGCCAAUGCCGUGACUGGAUCUUCUCUCUUUGAUCCCGCUUUUGCUGAUGCAGCUGCCAAAGAGUAUGACAAGACACACACGGGUAUCUUGACGCACAAUAUGGCGGAUCACUUUGCCUGGGGUAAGAUUCCUCUGAACCAGCUCAGCUCUCAGGCAAAAAGCGAUCUCGCCAGUCUACCUGCAGAUUGGCCACACUAUGAGGUCGUUGUCGCAGACGUUGGCUUCGGACCAGGCAACUAUGCCGAAGGAGUCGCUAUGUUACAAGCCGUCACGUCGCGCGGCAUAGUGUCAAUAUCUAGCACCAGUAUCGAUGACCCUCCGCUCUUAGACGUCAAAACUCUAUCCACAGCCACGGACCUAGAAGUCGCAAUAGGAACCUUCAAAACAAUGCGACAGUUCUUCAACACUACUUCUUUGAGAAAGAUUACGGGGGCGGAGGUUAUUCCUGGGCCAGAUGUGGUGACGGAUGAGCAAAUUCACGACUGGCUACUUCUAAGAAUAAAUCCUGGGUCCCAUGGGUGCUGUACUUCGUCCAUGGGAAAGUUAGGAGAUAUGAAUGCCGUUGUUGAUACAACCGCGAGAGUAAUGGGUGUGAAGAACUUGAGGGUGGUUGAUGCAUCGGCCUUGCCGCUGCUGCCACCAGCACAUCCGGUGUCCACACUGUAUGGGUUUGCAGAGAAGAUUGCAGAUGAUAUCAAGAAGAGCUACGUACCCUGGUGGAGUCUAAUUAGAAUUGCCGAACUCUUCCGAGGCUAA